AUGGCCACCGAAGAAGACAACUUUGACAUUGACAUCUAUGGGGAUGGAGAAGGGGAUCUGGGAGCUGAUGCAGGCUCUAUGGACUACAAGGUAGAAGAGAAAGAGCAAGCGCAAGACUUAGGUGUAGAACAAGAGGGGACAGACGCAGCCGAAGAGACAGAAGUCAAGCACGAACCGGAAGAAGGACAGCCGCAGGUCCCCGGUGCGCUUCAGGAUCAAGUAAAGCCCCAAGACGAGCAUUCUAGCGAUGAUCAAGGUGUUCCAGCACAGCCAACCACUCUACAAGGCACGAAACGAAAAGAGACCUCAGACGAUAGGCCGGUCGACCAUGGCGCCACCAAUGCUCUGAUGAUUUCGGACUUGCAUUGGUGGAUCACCGAAGAUGAUGUUCGCGGAUGGGCGAACGAAGCAGGGGCAGAGGACGAGUUACGGGAAUUGUCAUUCAGCGAGCACAAAGUGAACGGCAAGAGCAAAGGACAAGCAUAUCUCGAGUUUUCCUCGCCUCAAGCAGCAACCGCAACCAAACACAAGAUUGAAAGCCGUGCCGGAAACCAACCCGGUGCUCGCAGACACUCGGUCGUGUUCACAAACGCCACCCAGAACCCCUUCAAAACACUUCCCAAGGAGCCAGCCAGAACGAGAGAUGAACGACCGGCCGUUCGCGGCUCAUUCCACUCGGCCCCUCGUGCGGAUCACGGCUACGGAACCCCCAAUCAGGGGUUUCGCGGCGGUCGAGGUGGCAGUUUCAAUCGCGGAGGCUACAAUGCGCAUAACCAAUAUAACCGCAAUUUCUCGGGUCCCAUGGGAGGCUUCAACAAUAACAACACCAUGGGCUUUCAAGGCAACAUAGGUAUGGGCAACAACUACGUCGGCUUUAAUCGGGGUGGGAUGAUGGGGAAUCCGAUGCGAGGCAACAUGGGUGGUAUGCGCGGAGUCAGAGGCGGCAUGAACAAUAUGAUGCCCAUGGGUGGAGGAAUGGGAAUGGGCAACAUGGGCAUGAAUCCCUUGAUGACUGGCAUGGGCAUGACAGGUGGGUUUUGA